UGGACACGGAUAUGAUUGACCAAAUUCAGAAAAAUAUGGAUCAAGAUCCUCAGCUUAAAGACCUCUUCGAACCUUCCAGUGAGGAGAACAGUCAGAAUGAUCAUGGAUUUACACAAGGCUCCAAGAAGUUUUAUAGCCAAGAUUCAGCAAUGGCUCCUCCUAAAGUGAGCAGAUCUAAGCAAAGAGAGCUAGCCUUUCUUAAAUAGGGCUCAAGAAAUUGGCCUAGAGCCUUAUAAUGAGUAUCAUGGGAAAAAGAAAACAAUGAUUAAGAAGCAAACUCCUGGCAAAGAUCUAAUAUUUUCUAACAUUAGGCAUAAAGAGAGCACAAGUCAGCAGAGAAGAGACCAUGCUUCGAGGGAUGAACAGCAACUGUCAAACAAGAGUCUUGCACUGAAGACUGGCACAAAUAAAGAAAAGAUUCAAAAACACAAAUUGCAUCAGUCUCAGCGUACAGUAGGGAAGAAGACUUUCGAAUGAGAGGAAGCAAAGCCCUCCAAUGGGGUGGCUCAAAAGAGAGUGGAAGUAAUAGAGAUAUCUUCCAAAACCUCCAGCUCAGGGAACUACUCAACUCCCAUUGAAAGUUGACCACCUAUUGAAAAUUGACCAUCUGUUGAAAGCUGACCACCUGUUGAUCAUAAAGCCCAUGAGGUAGUAUCUCUGGAUUCUUCCAACUCUGAUGACAAGAAUAUCGAUGACCAACCGCUCAACCCCAAACAAAAGAAAAGAGAUAAAAAGAAAGAACAAGUUGAUGCCAAAAAUGCGCGUGAUUUUGACUCAAGCCCACCUAAGAAAUCCAGAAUGGUAUCUUCUACUCCAACUGUGAACUCUGAGGUGAUGGAUAAAUAUCUACAACAGACUCCUCCUGACCAAAUAGAGAUAGUUGAGUUUGACUCAAGACCUAAAUGGCCAACUGAAAAUUGAUCGAAUUUCCAAGAUCAGUUGAAGCUCAUUGCAUCCCAGAGGAAACGAAAUAAAGCAGAUACUCUUGGCAGCAACAUGUUUCAAGAAAUGAAAUCGACUCUAAGUAACAUAGAGGCUUCAAUGGACUCUCCACAAGGUCCUAUUCAGAAGGAAUACAUCCACUUAAAGGAAUCUAUUUACCCAUUUUGGCAGAGUACAUUUCAUCACUUGGAAUGGAAUGAUGACUCAGAUGCAAAUAAGAUCAAAUCUCGCGAAGAGCUUAAGGAAAGGAUGCUGGAUUCUCUCCAGUACUUCUCAGGCCACAAGCUGUACAGAUAUGCUGACCCUGAGGAUGUUAAGAGAGGCCUGCUUCAGAAUUAUCCCUUUGUCGAAGAUUCUGACUCUAAGACUGAAGUUAAACUUCUUGAGGGCAAGUUUCAUAUGCUCAAGAUCAUUGUUGAUGGUAUCACAAAGAAGAUAAGAGUCUCAAUAAUUAAGAAGGAUUUCACUUAAAUACACAUCAGAUCAGCAGAUAUAGAGGCUAUGGUAUAGCUCAAGGUAAGAAUAAGCUUUCCCAAAGUUAUGCCAGAUCACAGAGGUAACUGCCUCUAAUGUAUCAAGACCAGACUUUAUUUGGAACAUAUCCUCUAUAUA